GGCGAAGGCGAAAGAAGUGGCUGUUUUGAGGGGAGCAGUAGAGGAUCGUGUGCUGGAGAUGUCUCUGUGGAUGAUCUUACCCGUCAGCCUCCCAGCUCUCACCAUCACUGGAAUAUGGGUCGUGUAUGCUUUGGCCUUAUAUAACCAGCAUGUCUGUCCUGUGGACAACUGGAUGUAUAACCAGUCAUGUGAAGUGGAUCUGCCAAUGCAGAGAGGACCAACCUUAUGCUGUACUCUGGACAACGUCCCUCUCAUAAGUAAAUGCGGGACACUUCCUCCAGAGAGCUGCUUCUUCAGUCUCAUCUGCAGCACCGGAUCCUUUAUGGUGAUGGUGAUUGUGUUGCUGCGCUAUGCCCAUGUGAUAGAGAAACACCAAAACUGUGUGUUGAACACAGCAAGUCUCUCCACCGGCUGGAUCUGUGCUGCUGGACUCAUUAUGGUCGGCAAUUUCCAGGUGGAUUACGCUAAAGUUCUCCACUAUGUUGGAGCAGGAGUGGCCUUUCCCACCAGUAUGCUGUUUGUGUGCUUGCAGUCUGCGCUGACCUACCGCCUGGCCAAGACUCAGGGAGAAUAUAACAUGGGUCAUUUGCGCCUCUUCAUGACCCUGCUGGCCUUCGUAGCCUUGGUGCUUAGUGGGGUGUUUUUUGUCCAGGAGAGUUUUAUCCUGCAACAUGCUUCAGCCAUAUUCGAGUGGGUCUUCUGUGUCAUUAUUAUGCUGUUCUAUGGCACAUUCGCUUUUGAAUUCGCCGGGAUAUCUAGUGACACCAUGAUGGUGCUGGCCCGAGGACAAUCUCUACCCUCCGUAAGCCGAGACCACAAAAUGGAGUCUCUAAGUGGAGCCAAUCAGCACCAACCAGAGAGUCUGUCCAUAUUAUAACCCCGAGCUCUUUCAACACUAGAAGAAAAACACUUCAACCGCAGAGGGAAAGUAACAGAAACUGGUUUACCUUUGCCAAAGAAUCCAGCUCUGAUUUUGCACAUUUUGGAGAGACUUCUACACUCUCUGGGGACCUUUUGAAUCUAACAUCUUCCAUGCUGGGAAAAACAAAAGUCAUCGCCUGGAUGUUUUGGAGUGUCUCAUAGAACUCAUGGGAUUUCGAAGUGGAUAAAUUAAGAACUACUAGUUGGCUAAACUUUCUGGUGAAACCAGAGGAACGCUACAUCAGUUGCUUAACAAAACCCCAACACUAAAGCAUUCUAACAUGGUGCCUUAACAAAUGUUAUAGUGCCAAUUCCAGACCAUUCAAGACAAUGAAUCCAAAAAUGCUGUUUUCUGUGCCUUUGUAUUUUUGUUUGUUUGUUUUGUCCAAAGGUAGAUAUGGUUUAAUCAUAUAAUGCUUUGUCUGUCCGUCUGUUAACUGAUCAAAGUGUUUCAUUUUGCCUUAAUCACCAUAUGCUGUCUGAAACCUCUUGUUCAAGAGAUUGUCAUUACCAUUGUGCCUUAUACCAAAAACCAAAUACAGCUAUUUAAUAGACAUAUACGUCAACAGUCUAAAUCUGAAAACUGCCUUGAAUAUACAAGGCAUGUAUAUUUUCAUAUGCAUUGUAAAGAGCAAAGCUGAACGAGAUCAGCAAAAACCUCUCGUGAAACAGGCGUAUAAGCUUAUUAUCACGUUAAGUCGCCAGUAAUUGGUGACAUUCCAGAAGUCAUGUUAGAGGCAAUGAGUAUUGCUGUACAUUGUGACCAAAUGUAACUAAGAAGAGGGUUAGUUUGUGCUGAGGUCUUUGUGAUUGUUCCCUCCUUCUGUCAAUGCAGGAACUGUCAUGUGUUGUGUUUGAGUUGGUUACAAGGAAGCGUAGCAAUGAUAGCUGCCCUCUUAGAGAGUGGCUAGUUUAUGCGUUCACACAAAAGGUCUUUGUGGACUGUUUUUUGCAGACAAAAUGACAUGCAGCAGGACUGCUAGUUCAUAACUGUUUUUGUUUGUUUUGAAAAUAACAGAUGAAGCUUGGUUUACAGCGGUCAUAUGUUUUCAUACUACCAACAUAGCAAAACAAUCGAAUUGUUUUUCAAUCAUUAUCACGGGAGUUUAGUCAUUUCAUUUGUCAGGAUAAGAGCCAUAUUGAUGCUUAUCACCGUCUAAUGCUACCUGUGCUGUCCUGAAAAUAUCUUCCAUUAUCUGUGCUCAGGAAGAUCUGUUUCUUGCUUUCAUAAAACUUAUUUCUAUGCUCAUGACUGUGUUAAUCCACCACACUUAAAGGGUUCAACCAAAAAUGAAAAAUCUGAUAUUAGUUACACACACUUGUGUUGUUUCAAUCUCAAGAGAUGUUUCAAGAAAUAUUCAUUAUUCUUUGUAACACAAAUUGAGAUAUUUUAGAUGAAAUUCGAGAGCCCACUCAUCCCCAUAGAAUGCAAUGGUCCAGAAAUGGAACAAAGAACAUUGUCAAAAUUGUUUUCAAGGGUUCACACUUAGUCUUAGGUCUCAGGGGACAUGGAAUGAUACAAGGUUGACUAAUUAACAACAGAAUUAGAAUUUUCGGGUAAACUUAUACAUUACGUCAAAUCUUCUUAAAGGAUUUUAAAUAUUAUCUUGAGAAAAAAAAAACAUAGUUUGUUUUUUUCUCAUUUAAACCAAUCUUUAAUGUGCCUCUAAAAUAUUCCUAACAUUGUCAAAAUUUUGUCAAAAGUUAGCAGAUUUGGCAUGCUGUCCCGGGAGAAAACACUGAGCUCGGAGAUAAGCGAUGAGCAUGUAAGAGGGUACGAGAUCAGGUCGUUCUCGAGAGCUUCCCUAAUUUUCCUUGAAUAUCAAGGGCAGCCCUAGAGGAAUAGGCCGCCAACCACACCAGCGCAUACCCACGCGGUAAAAGCUCAGUACUAAAGUACUUGUUUACUGUUCCUAUUGGUUUAUUUAAUGGUAAAGUUAGAUGGGAUAUUUAUGUUGAGUUCGGAAUGAUCCGAUUGGCUUGCUAAUAAUUACGGAUAAGGGACCGACCAUGAUCAAUCAUGCUCCUCUUAAAAUUAGUUUGUGAAACUUCCCUUUUGGUGCACAAAAUUGUUCACGGAGAUUCAUAUGUUUACAUUUGAACCUCUGAAAUGACGUAAAAUGUUUUAACAAUGUUUUUGGUUGCUUUUCUGGUCUUUGAACAUGUCUGGACCCUUGCUGUCUUUGGAGAAGAGAGCUGUCUAAUCUCAUCUAAAAUUACUUAAUUUGUGUUCCAAAGAUAACCGAAGGUCUCUGGGGACUGGAAUGAUACAAGGUUGACUAAUUAACAACAGAAUUAGAAUUUUCGGGUGAACUUAUACAUUAAGUCAUAUCUUCUUAAAGUAACUUAAAUAAUAUCUUGAGAAAAAAAACAUAGUUUGUUUUUUUUCUCAUUUAAACCAAUCUUUAAUGUGCCUCUAAAAUAUUCCUAAUAUUGCUUGAAGAAACAGUUUAUCUAAAGAUAAAAACAAAUCACCGUUUACCCUCAUGUUGUUUCAAAACUAAAUGAUAUUUUUUCCCCUGUGGAUAUAAAAUGGAGAAAUGUAAAGAUGUUUCAUAUAAUUGGGCAGCUCAAUUGUGCACUGGGCAGUUCUACAAUUGUAGUGGAUAAAAUACAGAUGAACCUUUCCGUUGGCUGAAUUUAUCAAAUCUAAUUUCCAUUGCUUUUAGAUUUAAGCACUGCAGAAUAAAUUGUGAUUUUUCUCUAAAUAAUUCAGUUUUGUUGUUUCCUCUUUUAAAACAAGGAUUCAAAAGAAAUAGAACGUAACACUUCCUGCACUACAGCAAACGUGUGUGUGUUUUUGGUGCUUAUUGUUAAAGACUUUGGCCGGAUAAAUGAAAGCAAACCAUUUUUGACAUAAAAAACCCUAUAGUCUACAUUUACUAAAGGAAUAAAAUAAAAGCAAUAGUGAAGAAAUGAUACUUUUGUAUUAAAGACUUCAUCACAUUUGCUGGAGUUUCCUUUUCAGAUGCAUUUUUUGGAGUAAAUAAAUGAAUUGUGAAAUGUGAAGUAAGGAUUUUAGUCAGUUUUCUUGCAUUUGCAUUAUUUAACACCCCCCCAAAAUGUCUUAACUAAAUGGUUCACUAUAAAAAUAAAAAUUUACACAAUUUACUCACCUAGAAAUGAUUGCAAACCUUAAUGAGCUUAAUUUGUUGUUCUUGUUGAACACCAAAGAAAUUUUGGAAAAUGUUGGAAACUGGAUAUCCAUAGUAGAAAAAAUGCUGCAGAAGUCAGUGGCUGCUAAAAUGGUUAUUAAAAUUAAGUGGUUUAAGUGAAUUGCUUUUUGUUAGUCAUUAUGGAAAUGAGUUGCUGCUUUUGUGUUUUUAAUUUUUGUGCCAAAAGAUCUACUCCCAUUGGUGCUUUAAUGGAGUUCCACUCUCCUAAUUAAACCCUAACCCUAAACCCUAAUUAUCCAUGUUCUGUAAAUCUGGCCUAUAGUUACAAUGAACUGGAUUUUAAAAUUAACAAGCCAGUGCAUUCUUAAAUGCUUGCUUUCAUUGUCAUUUUUUGUUCAAUAGGGAAAAAAUACGCCAAUGUGAAGGUGGUUAGAACAUUAGAGAUUUGUCAUUUUAAGUAUUUCUUUGAAAUACAGUCCGUUGAGUCCAUUUUCCCUGUCACCUUUUGCCUAGACUGGUGUUCCUCCAUGUAUUAUCUACUAGUUUGCUUAAACCUGGGCUCUUGACAGUCAAUAGCUGUAAACCUGCUGCAAACCUGCUGACAUUCAACAAGACUCACAUCAGCCUUUAAUGUCAUACCAGAAAGCAAAAAUACCUUCAUGUGCCUUUGUUUCAACCAAAGACAGAAUCAAUGAUUGGAGAAAUGUAUUUGUUUGGCAGGAUGUGUUUGAUUGUGCUGUAAAUUUGCCUUAAAAUGUAUGGAAAUAAAGCAGAAUCAAACUCA